UCCCUUGACGUCCAGAACGUAAGCCUUCUUCCUCCGGUUGCCGGCGAAGCAUGGCGAAGGCGACGGCAACGAAGGACUCAGCGAUCGAUGGUUCGCCGUUCAUCUCAGCUUCAGAGGCCUUAAUCGUACAACUACUAUGCGGGUGUAGCCUCGCUUUUUCUCUCUGGGUGGCUAACAGCGUCUACUCCAUCCACCUCCUUACUGACCCUUCUAACACCUUGCUUUUGAUCUGGAUUAUAGAGCUGCCAAUUGUGAUACUUCUUUACAGUCGAUACCGACGGAAUCGCAAACGUUGCACGUACCUGCGAGCUGUCGGACGAGGUUUGCUGGCACUGCCAGCAGGGGCAGCAAUAAAUUUUUUAGGAGCUGUUGCUUUGGGGGCGCCAGUCACAAUACAGUAUCUACCAAAGACAGUUAACUGGUCUCUUAUGAUGUCAGUAUUUACAACAGUUCCAGCUUCAUGUGUUCUUGGUUCAUCAUGGGCAGAUUGGAGACGUAUAUUUGCACAGACAAAGCCUAAUGGAUCGAUCGAGUAUUUGAUUUGUCUACCAGCUCAUGGAGCAGUUAUUGGGGGCUGGUUUGGGGCUUGGCCAAUGCCACUUGACUGGGAGAGGCCAUGGCAGGAAUGGCCUAUUUGCGUAAGCUAUGGAGCAAUAACUGGUUACCUGGUGGCAAUGGUUGCAUCAUUGGGCUUUGCUCUUGCUCAUAACAGAUCAUGUCUUCCCAAAAGAGACUAAUUCCCAUACUCCGAUCAUUGUGAAAAUGCCUCAUGACUCAUCUCCAAGUGUGACGAGCUUUUUUUUUUUUUUUUUUUGGGGCUUGUUUUUAUUUCAAUC